GACAAGUAAAUGUACUGGAGGGAGAAAGUCAAAGGAAAGAUAAGGACAUAUGUUGUCACUGGAUUUCGAGGGAACCCAACAAAAAAACGCACUUGAGAUAUCAGCUCACGGAAAGCGUCAAAUCAGUGGACGAAAACCGCUACGGACCUUCUGAAUUGAUACAGAUGAUUUGGUUUUAAGCUGUAUUUUAGUCUAGUGUUUUAUUUCGUUGGAAUAGAAGAUCAUCUGAAUGAUAUUUAUGUUAUAUAUAUUUUUAAAUGUUUUAUAUUGUGGUGGUUUUUGAAUCUAUUCAAAUAUUGAAUUGAAAUAACCUGGGCAAAAUAUUUAUAUAUAUAUAUAUAUAUAUUAUUAUUUUUUUAAAGAGGAAAGAAAAUAAGGUGGUGGGAAUGUAAAUCGCCGCUGUGGGGAACACCGACCACGGAUAGACCGUUCUCGGUGGAGACGCGUGUUACGCGUGAGGGGAGAAAACAAGUUUGUAAAGGUACGAGGAGGACUUUUUACUGCGAGUUCUUCUCUCCAAAGAUCGGAAGAGUAAAACUUCACCCAGCGACAUGGAUAUAUUAACGUGGCUGUGUGGAUGUUUACUGGCGGGUUUCUUACCACAAAUAGUUAUCGGUGAAGAAGGUAGUAAAUCAUGUGGUGGACAAGUUGAUGCCAGCGAUGCCGGGUACAUCACCACCCCGGGGUACCCUCUGGAGUAUCCCCCACACCAGAACUGUCGUUGGGUCGUCACAGCUCCAGAACCAUCCCAACGUCUCGUCCUCAACUUCAACCCACACUUUGAACUGGAGAAGCUGGACUGCAGAUACGACUACAUAGAGAUCCGUGACGGAAACAGCGAGAAGGCAGACCUGUUGGGUAAACACUGCAGUAACAUCGCUCCUCCAGCCAUCAUCUCCUCAGGUCCUGUCCUCCUCAUCAGGUUCGUCUCUGACUACGCUCACCAAGGGGCUGGCUUCUCACUGCGUUACGAGAUCUUCAAGACCGGUUCAGACUGCUCCCGUAACUUCACCAGUCAGAAUGGGAUCAUUGAGUCUCCAGGUUUCCCAGAUAAAUACCCUCAUAACCUGGAGUGUUCCUUUAUUAUCAUCGUGCCCCCGGCCAUGGACUUGACCCUCACCUUCCUGACCUUUGACCUGGAGAACGACCCCCUCCGGGGAGAGGGAGACUGCAAGUACGACUGGCUGGAGGUCUGGGACGGUCUGCCACAAGUGAGUCCUCUGAUAGGUCGUUACUGUGGAACUAAGAUCCCUCCAGAGAUCACAUCGUCUACAGGGAUCCUGUCUCUGUCCUUCCACACGGACAUGGCCGUGGCUAAAGAUGGCUUCUCUGCUCGCUACAACAUGACGCACAAAGAAGUCAGCGACACUUUCCACUGCAGUAACGCUUUAGGUCUGGAGUCGGGGAAGAUCUCUGACGCCCAGAUUACGGCCUCCUCCUCCUUCUACGACAACACCUGGUUGCCACGGCAAGCCCGUCUCAACAACAAUAACAACGCCUGGACCCCAAACGAGGACAGCAGCAAAGAGUUCAUCCAGGUGGAUCUCCACGUCCUGAAGGUGUUGACGGGUAUCGCUACCCAGGGAGCGGUGUCCAAGGAGACCCAGAAGUCCUACUACGUCAUCACCUUUAAGCUGGAGGUCAGCACGAACGGAGAGGACUGGAUGGUCUACCGAUACGGCAAGAACCACAAGGUGUUCCAUGCCAACACCGACUCUACCGAGGUGGUUCUGAAUCGGAUCCCCCAGCCCGUUCUGGCCCGCUUUGUACGCAUCAGACCCCAGACCUGGAAGACAGGCAUCGCCCUGCGCUUGGAGCUCUACGGCUGUCUGAUCACUGACGCUCCAUGUUCUGAGAUGCAAGGGAUGCUGUCGGGCCUGCUGCCCGAUUCCCAGAUCACAGCGUCCUCCAUGAGAGAUAUUCACGGCGCCAUGGGGACAGCGAGGCUGGUAGCCAGCAGGUCGGGAUGGUUCCCCAGCCCAACUCAGCCUCUGGCCGGGGAGGAGUGGCUCCAGGUGGACUUGGGGGUCCCCAAGACGGUGCGAGGGGUCAUCACCCAGGGAGUGAGGACAGUGGAAGGGAGUACCUCAGCUGAGAACAGGGCCUUCGUCAAGAAGUACCGCGUGUCUCACAGCCUGACGGGCAAAGACUGGACGUUCAUACUGGACAGCAAGACCAACCAUGCUAAGAUCUUUGAGGGAAACACACACUACGACACUCCAGAGAUCCGUCGAUUCGAGGAGAUACCGGCUCAGUUCAUCAGGAUCUACCCAGAGAGGUGGUCUCCAGCUGGGAUAGGGAUGAGGCUAGAGGUCCUGGGAUGUGAACUACCAGAAACCACCACUCUACCUGACAGUGCCACACCGACCCUGCCACGUUUAGAGGAUACCACCGCUGCCCAAAGAGGAGCAGGCGCUACACCUUGGUCUCUGGGCGGUCUGUGUGACUUCGAGUCCAGUCUGUGUGGCUGGAUACCAGACAGCAUGUCAGAGUUGAACUGGUCUCUCCACAGCGGCAGCCUCUCGUCUGGUCGAACACCUAGUCUGGAUCUACCUCUCUCUCUGCCCAAAGACGACGUGGGUAACUUCCUCCACAUCGAGGCAAGCCCCAGGACAGAGAGGCAGCGAGCCCGUCUGGUGAGCCCCGCGGUGGGGCCUGAGAAGGGCCCGCUAUGCCUGCUCUUCAACUACCAGCUCCAGGGGCCCGAGAACCAGGGCCAAGGGUCCCUCAGGAUCCUCCUCAGAGACAACGACCGGGAGGAGACUCUGCUCUGGGCCCUCAGAGGAGACCAGGGGCCCGUGUGGAAGGAGGGACGCACCAUUCUGCCCCAGUCACCCAAAGAGUACCAGGUGGUGAUCGAGGGUUACUUUGAGCACGGAAACAGAGGACACAUCUGGAUAGACAACAUUCACAUGAGCUCCAGUACAGAGCUGGAACAGUGCACCCAACCCUUCGCUGCAUUCCCUCCAGACAUGACUGGGGGAGCUCUUCCGGGUACCAGUGAGCCCACAGUAGAAACAGAGGUGUCAGUGCAGCCCAUCCCCCUAUUCUGGUAUUAUGUAAUGGCCGGCGUUGGAGGCCUGUUUCUUCUGGCAUCAUUCACGCUGGUCAUGGUUCUCUGUUGUCACCUCUAUCAACUAGCAGCAAAGAACAGCCAGCAUUCAGUGUCCUACCAGAGCAGCCACUACGGCCCCGGGCCUAACCACAACCACUACCCGGGACCUGGGGGUGUUAUGUCGGCCCACUACCCCAACGGAGGGCCUCUUUCUGGGCUGGGUUUGGCAGGACCUACAGCCCCUCCGCUACAGCCCAUGCUGUCUAUCAGGCUGGAGAUGGAGGACAAGCAUCGAAGCUCCCAGUGCUAACUGUGUUUGAGACAGAGAGACAGACAGAGAGACAGACAGAGAGACAGACAGACAGACGGGAUCUACAGAACCCCAUUGAGAGAGACAAUAUCGUGACUGGGUGUAACUUGGGUAGCAGCAGACUUUACGAUUUUACCAACCAGACACACAUUUGUCGACAUCCUCACAAAUGGUCUGGUCGGACUGGUCUUCUCUCUUGGAUGUCUGAAAACACGUUGAGAAUUAACAAGAGACGCCAGAGUUCCUUCUGGUCUGCGGAUGGUUAAAUACAGGAAGCGGAGGGUUAAAGACAGGAAGCGGAGGGUUAAAUACAGGAAGCGGAGGGUUAAAGACAGGAAGCGGAGGGUUAAAGACAGGAAGCGGAAGGUUAAAGACAGGAAGUGGAAGUGGAAGGUUAAAGACAGGAAGUGGAAGGUUAAAGACAGGAAGUGGAAGGUUAAAGACAGGAAACGGAGGGUUAAAGACAGGAAGUGGAAGGUUAAAGACAGGAAGUGGAAGGUUAAAGACAGGAAGUGGAAGGUUAAAGACAGGAAGUGGAGGGUUAAAUACAGGAAGUGGAAGGUUAUGGUUGGAUUCUCUUAGUGAAGCUGCUUGCUGCAGUAGCUUAAUUAAAGAUAGGAAGUGGAGGGUUUGCUGUGAUGAUGUGCUUCCUGUUAACCUCCAAAACAUCCUGCAAGAAUGCUGAGCCACCCAUACAGCAGGGGGGAAGGUCAUUCUGGGAAGGAUGGGACUCUGAAUCUGAGUCUGCGUCCCAAAUCACACCCUAUUCCCUAUAUAGCGCACUACUGUUGACCAGGGCCCUGGUAAAAAGCAGUGCACGAUGUAGGGAAUAGGGUGCCAUUUGGCAAUGGCCCUGAGCCUUUCAGUGGGAAGUUAAUCCUAUGCUUGUGGUGAAUUCAAUUGUACAGUCAAGAGGAGAGGACACUCUUACAGUGGUGCAGAGAGAGAGAGAGCGAGAGAAGGGGGGAGAGAGACAGAGAGACAGAGAGAGAGAGAGAGAGAGAGAGAGAGACAGAGAGAGAGAGAGAGAGAGAGAGAGCUCACAUAAAGGCAGACCGACAGAGAGAUGAGUGGGAGAGGAGAGAGAGAG